UGCCACUGAAAGAGAGGAAAGAAAUCAGAAGCAUAUAUUAGCACUAGUGAUAGCUUUCUAAAGACUUACUUUCAUGAGCUAUGCCAAUGGAAGCUGCAAGCCCCAAGGAUAGUUCGGCAGCCUCAAGUCCUUUCUCUUCACCCAACAUCAGUGCCCUGCUAAAGAUUAGAACAAUUUCAUGGAGCCAAGAAACCGGUUUACCAGUUUCUGUACGUGUUCAAGUUGGCGGAAGGACAUUCAACCUGCAUAGAUAUCCCCUUUUUUCCAAGAGCGGAUACUUCAAGAAAAGAUUGGUUGAAUCAACAGAGAUUGGGCUGCCACCGGAAUUCCCUGGAGGACCAGAAGCCUUUCAGAUGAUUGCAUUGUUCAUCUAUGGUUCUACCACAUUGAUUGACCCAUUUAACGUAGCAGCCCUGCGGUGUGCAGCAGAAUUUCUAGAAAUGACAGAAGAGUACUGCUCUGGUAACCUUUGCGAUCGUUUCGACCUUUAUCUGAACCAAGUUGUCUUACAAAGUUGGGAUGAUACCUUAAUUGUGCUCCAGAGGUGUCAAACUUUGCUUCCCUGGUCUGAAGAGUUGCUGAUUGUGAGUCGCUGCAUUGAGUCUCUUGCCUUCAUGGCUUGUAUGGAGAUUCUUGACCCAGAGAGGAGACGGGACAAACCGGUCGUUACGCUUGAGGCACUGGCUAGUCAAGCGUGGAACUGUGAAACAGUCAAAGAGAUUGUCAGCCAGGAUCUCUGGAUCAAAGAUCUCAUUGCUCUCCCAUUUGGAUUCUUCAAGAGGAUCAUAGGAUCCUUGCGACGACAGGGGAUGAAAGAAAAAUAUGUGAGUCCUAUCAUUGUUUUCUAUGCAAACAAAUGGGUAAUCUCACAGAAGACGAACAAAUUCUGGGAAAGCUACAGGGAGAAAGUUGGGGACGAUGAUGAUGCAAAUAGAAAAGUCUCAACGAUACUCGAAGGUAUUCUGGAUCUCCUGCCUAUGAGAGAAAAGGCUAGCAGGCUGAUUCCAGUUGGAUUUUACUUUGCAUUACUUUCAAAAUCCCUUGAAGUUGGUUUGAGAAGUGACAUCAAAGCGAAACUGCAAGAUCAGAUUUCAGCCUUGUUGCAUUUUGCUCAUUUGAAAGAUUUUCUUGUUCCGGCAAACGGAAAAGACUCGAUCUCUUCCAGCUUGGAGGUUGCUACAAUGGAGGGCAUAUUUUCAACUCAUGUGUCAUUGAACAUGGAUGCAAACCACACUCCUUCAGCAGCUCAUUCAGUUGUUGCAGAGUUAUGGGAUGCUUAUCUUUCCCACGUAGCCCGUGAUACGAAAAUGGGACAUGAAAGAUUCAUGGAACUCAUUGAAAGAGUACCAAUAUCCUUCAGAGAGAGCCAUGAUCAACUCUACAGAGCAAUGAACACCUUCCUGCAAGCACACCCAGAAAUGUCUCAAGAAGAGAAAGGAGAAGUUUGCAAAUACCUUGACUGCCAAAAACUAGCACAACAGGCAUGCAUUGAAGCUGUCCAAAAUGAGCUGAUGCCUCUACGUUUGAUAGUCCAGGCUCUGUUUGUUCAACAGCUGAGCACACACCAAGCCUUCAAAGAAUGCUCGGACUCGUUCAGGUUUGCACGUUGUGGGGAUGUCUCUGGAAGCCUAUCAAGCUCAAGGUGUCCGAACUCCAAGAGCCAGACUCUAGGUGAAAGUCCAUAUACAGAUGGAACUGAACCAGCUAGUAGGCCGUUUAACUUCUCUCUACAGAAAGACAACACAGUAGAGGGAUGUAAAUUCUCACGAAAGGAGUAUGAAUCCACGAGCUUCAGAAUAAAGAACCUUGAACGAGAGCUGUUAUCCUUGAAAAGGACCCUGCAAUUGCAAAGCAUUUCAAAGAGCACAGAAACUAUGCCAACAAAGCAACAAAGCACUAAGCCAUUUGGUUUGGGAGGUAGAUCACAAAGCAAAAGAAGGAACCCAGUUGGACAAGUCACUGGAUGCAUUGGUUCUGUGAGCUUCGCUUCACAAAGAAAGUAUGCUCAUAAAAUAAUGAAGGUCUUUCAUCGGGUGACCUUGUUUGGAAGUAAAAAAUCAAAGAGAAAGCCUGGAGCUCCUGGAGUGUGGAACAAGCCAUUGUAGCAGAACAAAUGCAACAAGAAGAUUAAUGAAAAAACUAUGUUAUGAACACAAACUAGUUGUGACUCGCCAAACUAUGGUAUUCAAAAAUAUUUUGUAUACAACUCAGAAACAUUAUUAGCAUGACAGCCUUCUGAUACAGAGUGAUCGAUACCAUAGGCAAAAGCACUUUCCAGCCAAUGAAAAGCUAUCCAAUAAAGGUAGGAUAAAAUCAUCCUAGAAUAUACGUCUCCAAAAUCUACAGAAACAGUCUAAUUUGAGGCAUGCAUGCU